AUGGACAACGGCAGUACGCAUCGUAGAUCUAUGCUUACUACUUUACCAGCUAUAGAAACGCUACAAAGGAAUGUCCGUAAAGUACCUAUAUAUCACACUAGGAAACCCAGAGAUAUUCCGUUUCAUCUGCCACAUAAAAAACUAGUUGAAAGAAUUGAAUAUGUUGAAAAGGAAGCUGAGCCAUUGACAGGUUUUGCUGCAGCACAAGAGGAAAGAAUAAAAAAUGAAAGAAAGACUGGUAAAAUACAGCUAGAGCCAAUAAAAUUAGAUGAUGGCAAUAAAAAAAAGAAAGCUAUCACAAUUCGAGAGUCGCGUAGUAGUUUAGAUGGCUACAAACCAGGAGACACAAUAGACCCUCUAAAAGUCAAACCAGAGGUCAAAUCGCAGGAAGAAGUUAUUGAGACAGUAAGAAAAGACCCGACCGGUGGAUUUUUAUACAUGAUAUACGCGGUUCAUCCACAGAAUGUUUAUUUUACUCCGUAUUAUCUAAAUGUGGUACCAUACGAGCAGAUUAACAAAACGAACUAUUUCACAAUAAGCGCCUGCGGUGUGACGCAUUAUACUAAUGAAAUGGUCUUCACAAAGCUCACCGAUUGGGAACGGGAAUAUAUAAUAUUUACGAAAUUCACUGACAUAAAAUUUUUUCGCGUAUACCGAUAUUGGAAAGCAUUUUACGUUUGGCGUAAAUCAAUUCUAUUUCGCAAGUUCAGUAAAAUGCGAACAAGGACUGCUAAGAAGCUGUUCAUCCUUACGCCGAUGUUGGGAAAGGCAUUGCUCAGCAUACAAGCCAUGUGCUGCGAUAUGUACAUGAAGAGUUUCGCCGACCUUUCCAGGGAUAUGGAUACCGCAUUUUUCUACUUCAUCGAAGUUCAGAUGAAACGUCUGGAAUACGUUCGCGAAAAGUUGCAAGAGUUUCGAUCCGUUGUGUUGGAAGUGGUCACAGCCGCUUGCCAUGCAGCGUUGUAUCACCAGGGCUUCACCUACGAUGACCGUAAUGUGCCGCCCUUUCAAAUCAUUCGUGGUAAGCCUACAGGCGGUAUGUCCUAUACUGAGAAGGCAAAUAAACGGAAGUACUGUGAACGGCUCGCAAGCUUGAUAAAACUGGUGGACUACAUGAAGAACUAUAUGCUUUACCGUUUGACGAAACGAUCAAAUAUGCAAAUGGCGGGAAUGUUGCGUACACACAUGACGUUUAUGCCGUCAUUGGAACUCCUUUCAGGAAUGGAGGUGGACGAAGUGCUUGAAGCUUGGCCUCGACAAACCGACGAUUGCAAGUGGGCACUGUUUCAAGUGGACACAUACGUACUUCCCUCGGGAGAGGCGCUGUUGAACCCAAGUGAGAAAGUGAUAACAAGUUACAUGCAGAAAAUAACCGAUUAUUGGGAUGAAUACGUACGAACUUUCCACAAUUACCUAAAUGACGAGACAUUACAAAUCUUUGUGCAACCCACGGUAAUGGGGAAGCAGAUGGACUGGACGGCUGGAGAAUCGCCUAACCUAUACUUUCUUAUGAAUCAAGACAAGACAUUGCUGAGUGACAUUCAGCUAAUUUCGCAAGUACCCCACGACGCUUUCGAUAAAGUGUGGAUAUUCUUAGGACGUAUGAAACGCUUCGUGAACAAUUUCAGAGAAGCUCACGUAAUGGAUCUCAAUAUCAUCAAAAAUGAAAGGGACAUAAACGCAUUUAGACGCCUGUGCACAGAACUCGUGAAGCAAAUGGAUGAAAUAGAGGAAGUUGUCAAUUUCCAACCACUGGGGUUGAUAUUCUUGAACCUUUCCCCUUUCCAGGAAUUGUUUAGACCGCAACCGAGAAAACUAUUUGAAGUUGUUAAUUCUACUACGCCCGAAAUUGGUCACGAUUGUAUCGAGUGUAUAUUAGAAGGAAUCGAAUCGAUUAAUAACGAUAUAACAAAAGAACCCGAAUCAGCAGGUGAACUGGUUGCCUUCAAUUAUCUGUUAGAUGGCCUCGAGAAGAGAUUGGCUUACCUUGAAGAACGCUUAGAGUAUCUACGUGAACUAUAUGAUUUGAUGGGCGAAUUCAAUAUAGCUAUCCCACCGGAUGAUAUGAAUGAAUACUUAGGUCUAAGUGUGGUUCUGGGCACACUUCGUACAGAUGUAGAUGCACGUUUAGAGACUCGUAGCAAAUUAGCUGGUUUGUUUGCAAGUCAGAUCGGCAAGGACAUAAUGGAUUUGAUCGUUGACGUCAACAAGCUGAGAGAGGAAAUCGCGUUACCAUGGUUAUACGAUGAAAAGUCUGACGCGGAAAAAGUUACUGAAGUAUUAAAUGAUCUUAUGGAGAAACUAACGGAUUUCUCUGCAAGAGACAAACAGAUACGCGAGUGGCAGAAAAUAUUUAAAAUACCACCAGCAAGACUAGAUAUGCUGGACGAAGCUAUAAACGAUGUCAAAUUGAGGCAAAUGCUAUGGAAAUCAUCGAAGGAAUGGAAUGAAUUAUUUAAAACAUGGCAUGAAGUACCAUUCAAUACAUUAGACGUAGACGAGAUACAGACAACUACUGGCAAUUAUGGCAAGAUUUUUAAUCAGGUCGACAAGGGAUUACCUCCAAAUAAGAUUAUACCUGGUUGUAAAGCUACUAUUGAUAUUAUCAAAGAAAAGUUGCCUGUUAUGUCAUACCUACGUAAUCCAGCAUUGAAACCACGGCACUGGGUGAAGAUUGAAGAAAUUCUACAUACGCGCUUCACACCUGACGCGGUAGUCACUCUAAAAGUGCUAGAAGAAUUACAAGCGUUCCAGCACGCCGAAGAGCUGAUGGAAGUAGCAGGUCAAGCUAGCUCGGAGGCUGGUUUGGAAGCUUUGCUGAAAAAGGUGGAAGAGAUAUGGGCAACUCUAGAAUUUCCAGUAGUACUGCACAAAGAUGCGCGUGAUGUUUUCGUAUUGGGAGGAUUAGACGAGAUCCAAGCAGCUGUUGAUGAAAGUAAUAUCCAUGUCAGCACAAUACUCAGUUCACGAAACUGUGGCCCUAUUCGCAGCCGUGUUGAGGAGUGGGCCAAGAAUCUAGAACUCUUCUCACGGACUGUAGAAGAAUGGUACCUUUGUCAGCAGACAUGGAUUUAUCUGGAAGUGAUUUUCUCGGCACCAGACAUUCAGCGUCAGUUGCCCAAUGAGACCAGACUAUUUACUAUUGUUGACAAGUCAUGGAAAGACAUUAUGCGUAAAGUCGCCAAGGUGCCACUAGCAAUGCCAGCAGCGACUCAACCAAAGCUAUAUGAGGAAUUCAUUCGCAAUAACGAAAUGCUUGAUCAAAUAAUGAAAUGCUUGGAAGCGUAUCUGGAGACAAAGCGCGUCGCUUUCCCGCGUUUUUUCUUCCUUUCUAACGAUGAGUUACUGGAAAUUUUGGCACAGACCAGAAACCCUCACGCUGUCCAACCGCAUUUACGAAAAUGUUUCGAUGCAAUUGCCAAACUUGAAUUCGGAGUCAAACUUCCCGAAAGCGAAAUGGAAAUCACAGAAGAUGGCACGCUUGUGGAGCGAGAGAUGUCUUUUAAUACCAGAGAUGCUUUGCAAGCACGUUUAGCGAAGACUGCUAAAGCUGAAGAUUUGACUACUGAUAUUAUUGCUAUGCUAUCACCAGAAGGCGAAAGGGUUAAUUUAGGCAAGGGUCUUAAAGCUCGUGGUAACGUCGAAGAUUGGCUUGGUAAAGUAGAAGAGGCGAUGUUUGCGUCGGUAAAACGUUGUAUGAAAUUCGCUUUACGUGACUACAUGCAACGACUGCGUGUAGAUUGGGUCUCAUUGCAUCCCAAUCAGGUCGUUCUUGCUGUAUCUCAAAUGAUGUGGGCAAAGGGUGUUCACGAAAUAUUCGAUCUGGAGAUUCCAUUGCGCAUUGACACCGGUCUUUUGAAUUAUGAAAAGAAAUGCAUAUCUGACCUGAACGAUCUGGCUGCACUCACGAGAAAAGACUUGAGCUCAUUGUUCAGGAAAGUUCUGUGCGCUCUGAUAACAGUGGAUGUACAUGCUAGAGAUACAAUCUCCCAAAUGGUAGAUAAACAUGUACAGAAAGCCUUGGAUUUCGAGUGGCUCAAAAUGAUUCGCUAUUAUUGGGAGGAGGAUAUCGACAACUGCGUCGCACGUAUGUCCAGCUCGAUGUAUAUUUACGGGCACGAAUAUUUGGGAGCUGGAGGUGUGCUGGUGAUAACGCCAUUGACAGAUCGUUGUUACCUGUGUCUGAUGGGAGCUUUACAAUUGGACCUAGGGGGCGCCCCUGCAGGACCCGCCGGUACAGGGAAGACGGAAACUACAAAAGAUCUUGCUAAAGCACUCGCUAUACAGUGCGUGGUAUUCAAUUGUUCUGAAGGUUUGGAUUACAAGAUGAUGGGACGGUUUUUCUCCGGAUUGGCAACAUCUGGUGCGUGGUGUUGUUUCGAUGAAUUCAAUCGGAUCGAUAUUGAGGUGCUUUCUGUGAUCGCUCAACAACUCAUCACUAUCAGGAAUGCGAAAGUUGCAAAACAAGCGCGAUUUAUGUUUGAGGGGCGUGAAAUUAAACUAGUGCGAACAUGUGCGGCAUUCAUUACUAUGAAUCCAGGAUACGCUGGCCGCACAGAGUUGCCGGACAAUCUAAAGGCGCUCUUCCGUCCUAUAUCUAUGAUGGUACCAGAUUACGCUUUGAUCGCGGAAGUUAUCCUCUACUCGGAAGGGUUCGAAUCAUCGAAAGGACUCGCUAAGAAAAUGGUGCAAAUGUAUAAAUUGUCUAGCGAACAACUGUCCAAACAAGACCAUUACGACUUUGGUAUGAGGGCUGUCAAAAGUGUUCUUGUAAUGGCUGGAGCCUUGAAACGUGCGAGCCCGGACCAGCCUGAAGAGAUGACUCUGCUAUGCGCACUAAACGAUAGUAACUUGCCCAAGUUUUUGGCUGCGGACGCUACACUCUUCGCUGGCAUAUUGUCGGACUUAUUUCCAGGGGUUUCUCUUCCGGUGCGGGACUAUGGCAUCAUGGUGGAUGUGAUCAAGGAGAUAUUGCUGGAGAGGAAAUUGCAAAUAAUGGACUGUCAGAUUCUCAAAGUUAUUCAACUCCACGAAACUAUGAUCGUGCGCUGGGGCGUGAUGCUUGUUGGACCCACCGGUGGCAGCAAAACUGUUGUACUACACGUAUUGGGAGACACUUAUACGCGGUUAAAAGAGCAAGGAGUGGAAGGUCCGCAGUAUAAUAUAGUGCACAAAUAUAUUAUGAACCCAAAAAGUUUAAGUAUUGGAGAGUUAUACGGAGAGGUUAAUCUGCAAACUCUAGAAUGGCACGAUGGUAUACUACCUUUAUCACUCAGAACCGCUGUACAGAGUGAAACCACAGAUCACCAGUGGCUCAUUUGCGACGGUCCAGUAGAUGCCGUGUGGAUCGAGAACAUGAACACCGUGCUUGACGAUAACAAAAUGCUAUGUCUCUCAAAUUCGGAACGCAUAAAACUUACUCCCUACGUACACAUGGUAUUUGAGGUGGCAGACUUAGCUCAAGCAUCACCAGCUACGGUGUCUCGAUGCGGGAUGGUAUACAUUGACCCUAAUGAAAUGGGUUACCUACCGUAUGUAAGGUCAUGGCUUAAUGAAGCGGUGGAGAAGAAUCUCUUCACGCAGGAGAAUUGGGAAUUUGUAUAUGAACUCUUCAAAAUGCUCGAUGUUGGAGUUGGGCACGUUAAUAGCAAAUGCAGUGUUGGUAUUAAACAGGUGGAUAUAAGUAAGGUAGCGACUCUAUGUUGCCUGCUUGGUGCCUUACUAGGAGAGCCAGGCGACAGAUUCAGUGAUAAAGCCGCCGUCAAAGUAUAUAUCGCACAUUGUUUCAUCUUUUGCUACGUUUGGAGUAUUGGUGGAAAUAUCCUUGAAAUGAACCGCAAGGCUUUUGAAGAGGUCAUCAAGAGGCAGUUCGAGGUGUUUGAAGAAGCUGAAUACUUCCCGCAAGGUUUUAAUUUCUUCGACAUGUAUAUGGAUACUAAGCAACGCAAACUGAAAGUGUGGGCGGAAAUAAUACCGGAGUUUUUGUAUGAUUGCAAUAAGCCGUUCUUUGAAACCCUAGUCCCCACUAUUGACACUGUUCGCUAUGGAUAUUUAUUUGAAAAACUUCUUUCCGCUGGAAAACCUGUCAUGUUCACGGGAAACACUGGCGUUGGAAAAACGUGUGUCGCUGCUAAAGUACUGCAGAAAGUCUCAGCGACGGGCCAUUUUAUUCCUGUGAUAUUGAACUUUUCGGCACAAACCAGCAGCCCUCGCACGCAGGAAGUAAUCGAGCUUCGUCUUGACAAACGACCCAGAAGAGCUAUAGGUGCACCGCUUGGUAAAAAAGUGAUCAUAUUCAUCGAUGAUGUAAAUAUGCCUCGUCUCGAUGUCUAUGGCGCUCAACCUACUAUAGAGUUACUUCGGCAGUUUCUCGACUUCGGUGGUCUUUACGACCGCGACAAACUGUACUGGAAAGAAAUUUUAGACGUUGUAUUGUCUUGCGCCUGUGCCCCACCAGGAGGCGGUCGUAACCCACUCACUGGACGUUUUGUUCGCCAUUUUGCCAUGUUCUAUAUAUCGGCGCCCAAUUCUGAUGCCAUGAAGACCAUAUUUAAGGCCAUUCUAACUGGACACAUGGAGGACUUCGUAACAGAAGUGUCUGUACUGGGGGAGCCCAUUGUGAAUGCAGCGGUUGAAGUGUACUUGAAAAUUUGCGCGGAACUGUUGCCGACACCUGCGAAAUCUCACUACGUGUUCAACUUGAGGGACCUCUCCAAGUCUAUGCAGGGAGUGCUUCAGGCUGAUGCAGCAUACAUGCGCGCUCCGCAGGGUAUGCUUAGGUUGUUCUACCAUGAAUGCCUUCGCGUUUUCCACGACCGUUUGAUCAAUAUAGAAGAUAAAAGUUACUUCUAUCAUCUUAUGAGUACAGUGUGUCAGAAGAACUUUCAGCAACCAAUUCUUAAUAUACCGGAUACACCUAUCAUUGAUCAACCUCCGAUAUUAUUAUUCGGGGAUUUCAUGAAUUCAGCCAUCCCCAAGGAAAUGAGACAGUACCAAGAAAUACCGGAUUUGGAAAAACUAAUGGUUAUUUUAAAGGAAUACCUCGAUGAGUACAAUUCGACGGCGCGUGCAGAGAUGCAUCUUGUAUUGUUUCGAGACGCUGUGGAGCAUAUAGUGCGUGUAGCACGCGUGCUACGAGCGGAGAGGGGCCACUGCCUCAUGGUCGGCCCCGGUGGUUCGGGUCGCAGAUCAGUCGCCACACUCGCUGGCCAUGUGAACGAAUGCAAAUGUAUGGGCAUGGAGAUAAAGCGCAAUUAUGAUACUCCGGAGUUCCACGACGACCUGCGCGGCAUGUACAUGCGAGCAGGCGUCGCUGCCGAAGACACGGUGUUCCUUUUCACCGACACCCAGAUAACCAAGGAGGAGUUCCUUGAAGACAUCAAUAAUAUGCUUAACUCAGGUGAAGUCCCUAAUCUAUUUGAAGGAGACACCUACGAACAGGUACAGUCGGGAUGUCGAGGUGAUGCAGCCAAAGUCGGCGUCAAUCCUGGUGAUCGUGACGCAGUUUACUAUUUCUUUAUAAACCGCGUGAGAGGGAAACUGCAUCUGUGUAUCUGUAUGAGCCCCGUUGGUGAAGCUUUCAGGCGAAGAUGUCGUAUGUUUCCGUCACUAGUGAACUGCUGCACCAUAGAUUGGUUCACAAAAUGGCCUCCAGAAGCUUUGCGUUCAGUCGCUCAACAAUGUUUACAACCUCUCGAAAACGCUGACAUAAUAGAAAAAAUAUCUACCCUCGCUGUUUCUAUGCAUCAGGACGUAGAUGUGAUGACGGGACGCCUCUACGAUGAGAUGCGACGUUAUUUCUACACAACACCGAGUAGCUAUCUCGACUUAUUAAAGCUCUACCUGAUGCUGCUGGACAAAAAACAGCAGGAAAUCUUGCGUGGCCGUGACCGCAUCUCUUGCGGUUUGCAGAAAUUAUAUGAAACCUACGAAGUUGUGGGUGUAAUGGAACAGCAAGUGCGUGAUAUGGAGCCAAUUCUUGCGAAAAAGGCCGAAGAGGGUGUAGCUCUCGUAGCUAGACUCAAAGUAGAGCAAGCAGCAGCUGAUGAAGUAAAGAAAGCCGUUAUGAAAGACGAAGCAGCGGCUAAGAUUAAAGCUGAUGAAGUCAAGGAAAUCGCCGAUGAAGCGAAAGCUGAUCUAGCGAUGGCCAUGCCAGCGAUGGAAGCAGCUCAAAACGCGCUUAAAGCGCUAAAUAAGGCUGACAUCAACGAGUUGAAAGCCUUUCAGAAACCACCGGCUCUUGUUCGCUUUGUUAUGGAACCCGUGUGUAUACUACUUGGUGCAAAACCGGACUGGGAUUCUACUAAAAAGUUGUUAGCCGAUGUGAACUUUAUUCGGAAUUUGGAGGAAUAUGACAAAGACCAUAUUCCGGAUGCAACGUUGAAAAAAAUUAAAGUUUAUCUCACCCAUAAAGACUUCAAUCCGGACACUGUUGUUAAAGUUUCAAAGGUAUGCAGAUCUAUGGUUUUAUGGGUGCAAGCAAUUGAUAUGUAUGCCAAAGUUUUUAGAGUUGUCGAACCGAAGAUUAUCGCACAUAAAGAAGCUGCUGCUAUAUUGAAGAGUGUGAUGGCGGUACUGCGUGCAAAACAGAAAGAGGUCGAGGCUAUUGAGGCCCAACUGGCGGCUAUGAUGGGGGAGCUUCGGUUAGUUGAAGAAGAGCGGAUUAAGUUGCAAGCUGACGUGGAUUUAGCAGCCGCUCGGUUAAUGCGAGCUGGUAAAUUAACUCAGGCACUCGCCGAUGAACAAACACGCUGGGAGGAGAGUGUUAAGGUAGCAACGUACAAAUUGAAAUGUACCACGGGCGAUAUUAUAAUCGCGUCUGGCUGUAUCGCGUAUUUUGGAGCUUUCCCAUCGAACUACCGUCGAGAACUUGAGGCCAAAUGGGUUGAACAAUGUCGACACCUAGAAAUACCAUCGUCUGAUACUUUUGAUUUAAUUACAAUAAUGGCGGAUUCAUACACGGUGCGCACUUGGAACGCCCAGGGUCUUCCAAGAGAUGCCGUGUCAACUGAAAAUGGUAUUCUGGUGACGCGCGCAGGGAGAUGGCCACUGACAAUUGAUCCACAGGAACAAGCGAACAGGUGGAUCAAAAACAUGGAACGCAGCAAUGGUCUACAGAUCACUAAGCUUUCCGAUCCCGGGUACCUUCGAAUGCUAGAAAACUGUAUACGUCUCGGAUGGCCGAUGCUCAUUGAGGACUUGGGCGAGGCAUUAGAUGCUACGCUCUCACCCGUUUUGCUCAAACAGACAUUCCUGCAGGCCGGUCGUCUACUUAUCCACCUAGGUGACAGCGAUAUAGAGUACGACACUAACUUCCGACUCUACCUCACCACAAAGUUGGCUAACCCUCACUAUCUUCCCGAGAUCUGCAUACAAGUUACACUUGUGAACUUCACCGUUACGCUGUCCGGCCUUGAAGACCAAUUGCUUGCGGAUGUUGUCCGUCUUGAGCGACCAGACUUAGAACUUUUACGUUCGGAACUCAUUGUGCGUAUUAAUAGCGACAAAUCCACUCUUCUAGAGAUUGAGGAUAAAAUUCUACGUUUGCUUUAUGCUUCUUCUGGAAAUAUUUUAGAUGAUGAAGAACUUAUUGAGACACUCAACGAAAGUAAGGAAACAUCUGAAAUAAUCAACGCUCGGUUGUUGGAGACGGAGGCGACAGAAAUAAGUAUUUCUGCCGCACGAGAGAAAUACCGCACGGUGGCGACUCGAGGCGCUGUGCUUUACUUUGCAGUGGCACAACUCGCCGACAUCGACCCUAUGUACCAGUUCUCGCUGAAAUACUUCAAUCAAGUAUUCAAUAUAGUGAUAGAGAAAAGCGAGAAAUGUGAUAUUCUCGAACGCCGCUUGGAGAUUCUGCACGAUGAAAUAACACUAUCGGUAUACCGCAACGUCUCUCGUGGUCUGUUUGAGCGACACAAGCUUGUGUUUAGCUUCCUGCUCAACAUGGCAGUGUUUUUGCACGCCGGUCGAGUGCAUUCAGACCAAUGGAACUUCGUGUUGAGGGGUGCGGCUGGGACCAAAGUGGUACCUCCUAAGAAGCCACUCAUAGAAACACUCACGGAUCAAAUGUGGCUAGCAGUAAAUCACCUUGAGGAAACAGACCCUAGAUUUGCAGGUCUCGUGGAUGAUUGUUUAAAAAAAAUCAAUGUCCAACUUGGAACUUUUAGUUUGGAUAUUCACAUUAACAAAAAUCAGCUGAAUCCUCCAACAAAAAGCUGGAAUACUCAUUUAAAUGACUUUGAGAAGCUUAUGUUAAUAAAGUGCUUGAAAGAAGAGAAGUUAGUGUUUGCCAUUGCUCAGUAUGUCAGCAUAAGUUUGGGAUCUGUCUUCAUUGAAAGCCCGACUGUACAACUGAAUACCCUGUAUGCAGAUACAGCAGCCUCUAUUCCCUUGGUAUUUGUAUUAAGUACUGGCUCAGAUCCAUUCGGCGCUUUCCAAAAGUUUGCUACCGAGAUGGGUAUGAGAAGUCGGGUGCAUUCAAUAUCUCUAGGUCAAGGUCAAGGACCUGUUGCUGAAAAAAUGAUCAUGAACGCUAAGCCCAAAGGUGACUGGGUUUUUCUGCAGAAUUGUCAUUUGGCAGCUUCGUGGAUGUUGAGCCUUGAAAUAAUAGUGGCCAACCUAGGAAGCGAACAGAGCGCCUUGAGUCCCGAGUUUCGUCUUUAUCUUAGCUCUAUGCCCACGCCGAAGUUUCCUGUAUCGGUACUUCAAAACUCGGUCAAGGUCACAAACGAACCCCCGAAAGGUCUCAAGGCCAAUGUCAAAAGGGCUCUUGUAGAAAUGGAAGAAGAUUUCUUCGAAAAUCAUGUACUGGAGCAAGAUUGGCGAACAAUGCUGUUCGGGAUUUGUAUGUUCCACGCAAUAAUACAGGAGCGUAAAAAGUUCGGCCCGCUCGGGUGGAACAUCACAUAUGAGUUUAACAACAGUGACCGGGAAUGCGCAAUGAUGAAUUUGCAAAUGUUCUGCGAAUCCGGCCACAUCCCUUGGGAUGCGCUGGAGUACAUAACUAGUCAGAUUACAUACGGUGGCCGCGUGACCGAUAUGUGGGACCAACGGUGUUUAACGACUAUUCUAAAACAGUUCUUCGCGCCACCUACUCUAGAAGAUGCUUACAAAUAUUCACCUUCUGGCAUAUACUAUUGUCCACGUCUGGACAAACUGGCAGCGGUACGGGAUUACUGCGACGGGCUGCCCGUUAUUGAAGAUCCUGAAGUCUUUGGAAUGCAUGACAAUGCUAACAUAGCGUUUGAGAAUAAAGAGACAAGCACGCUAAUACGCACAAUAGUGGAUGUACAGCCUCGAUCAGGCGGCGGCGGCGGUGGUGAUACUCCUGAUCAGAUAGUGUGGAGGAUCUGCGACCAAACGCGCGCUUCCAUCGCCAAGAGCGUGGACAAGUCACUCAUCAACCCUGACUUAAUGGUACCUGAUGACAUGGGACAGCUGCACUCGCUGUCAACAGUACUGUUACAUGAAACUGAUAGAUUCAACACCCUCCUUGGCCUCAUACACAGCUCGCUCAAUGAAUUACAAAAAGCUAUUAAGGGUAUAGUGGUAAUGUCGGAAGCAUACGAAGCUGUUUUUACCGCUUUCAUAAAUAAUAAAGUUCCGGAUAUGUGGCACCGCAAAGGUUAUAACUCCCUCAAGUCGCUUGGCAGCUGGAUACACGACCUGACUUUAAGACUGGACUUCAUUGAGAAAUGGCUGAUAGAUGGAGCUGCACCUAGCAGUUGGGUUUCUGGCCUGUUCUUCCCUCAAGGUUUGUUGACGGGCGCACUGCAAGCCUAUGCCCGCCGAUAUAGGGUGCCCAUAGAUGCACUUAUGUUCGACUUCGAGCCCAUCAACUAUUUCCUUUCGCAAGAGGAUGUCUUUAAGAGCAACAAAUUGAAGAAAACAAAGGAUCCUACUGAUAUGAGAGUAUUUGGUCCGUUGGAAAAGCCUGAAGACGGCGUCAACAUUCACGGAUUGUUCAUCGAUGCUGGCAGAUGGGACGCUCAACAGAAUCUGCUCGUCGAUGCACUGCCAGGUCAAAUGAACGCACCGCUACCGGUCGUGUGGUUCAAGCCGGUGCUGUCUCUACCCAAACCGGAUCCGCGCUACGAAGCGCCCUUGUACAAGACAUCGGAGCGAGCUGGCACAUUGUCUACUACAGGGCACAGCACCAAUUUCGUGUUACCUGUGUUGUUGCCUUCCAACAUGCAUUCAGAGUAUUGGAUCAUUCGCGGAACGGCCCUCCUAACACAAAUUACCGAUUAAACAUAAUACGGGGUACAAUGUAUCUAUAUUUAAUAUAGUUUAUCUACUUUUGGCUCAGACCAAUUAUUGUAUAGGAACUGCCUCGCUUGACAUUACUUUUCUGUCAAAGUAUAUGAUCAACGAUCUAAUGCGAUUAUAAAAACCGUCUCUAUAGACGAUGUUAAAUAGUCGUAAUCCGUGUUCGUCGGUUAAAAAGCUCCGUAAAAAUACCUUUCUGUGUAAUUGAAUGGUGUAAAAAACGGGCAAAAACUUCUAGUUUAGUACAAGAUGUAUACCAAAUCUAAGCUCGUUUUCCUCAGAAAAUGACAGACUAUUUUGUUCGUGACUAUGAGUGCGAUACAGGUCCUUCUAUAAUUGGUCUGAGACUUUUGGAAGUCUGCGCGGCGUUGAAUGUAGUGGUUAGAUAUUCAGCGGACCUAUUAUUAUAGCUUGACAACUUCGUUCGUAGCACUCCCGAUAGUCCGCGU